CCGGUGCGGACCGGCGAGCAGAUAACCUCGUGGUCGGCGAUCCAGGCGCAGCUCUGCAGAUAGUCCUCCGUCCUCGCAGCUGCAGUGGUUGCUGGGACGUCGCGUCGCCGCCAUGGGACUAUCAGCCACCUUCUGUGCGUUCUGCUUUUUGUUCGGCCUGGCUGAUGCUGGUUUCUCCACGCCCCCGCACCGACUCGCGGACAGGGAGUUCCUGUCAAAGCAGACGAAGGUUCUGGAUCUCCUGUUGCACAUGGGCCAGUCCGACCUGGGCGACAAUCUGACCGUACCCUUCAGCCUGGAGGAGAACGCACACAGGUUCCAGGAGCCGGCGCUGGCGCAGCGGUUGGCUGCCAUGAAUUCUCGAGGCUUCCUCGCGGGUCGCGGGCAGACCUUCUCCAUACACCAGCAAGGCGAUAUUGAGCUGGCGAGGGUCACGGUGGAACUACUGCUUAGCGCACAGGACUUCGACACCUUCUAUUCGGCUGCCACGUGGGCCAAGCAGCGGCUGAGCGAGGCGUUGUUCUCGUACGCGUUCACGGUGGCGGUGCUGCGCCGGAACGACACCAGCGACGUGGUGCUGCCCGCGCCCUACGAGCUGUGGCCCCGGUACUUCGUCGGCCCUGACGUCUUGCGGCGGGCCUACGACGCUCGCCUACGCGGUGCCGCAGCAGAUGGUGAAAGGCCGCAGACAGUAUUGGCCAGCAGCAACCAGCGGCAUUCGGGCUGUCCAGAGGAUCUGCUGUCGUACUUCAGAGAGGAUGUCGGCCUGAACGGACAUUGGGCCAUGAAGCAUUUCCGCUGCCCCUUCUGGCUUUCUGGGUCAGUUUCGGCGUCCAGCUGUGAUCGCAGGGGAGAGCUCUUCUACUUCGCGCUGCGGCAGCUGGCGGCGCGCUAUGACCUGGAGAGGCUCUCCGCAGGGCUGGAGCCAGUCCAGCCCCUCCAGUACCCCACCGUCUACCAGGAAACUUAUCACUCAGAUGAAAGAGUUGCCAGUGAAUUAAGGUGUGCUCCAGAAGGCGAAGCGUUCCUAUCAGACACCCCUCACGUAUGGGCGCUCAAGAUAUUCGAGGAGAGAAUAUGUGACGCUAUUGAUGUCGGAUACGCAGUUGAUAAAAACUACACAGAACACCCCUUGAGGAGGCCAGAGGCCAUUGAAAUUCUCGGAAACAUCGUCGAAGGCAACGCUGAUUCCUUAAACGAGAAUUUCUAUGGAUCGCUUUACCGUGGUCUGUUAACGUCUUUCAGUCAAAGUGAAGCCGCAUUUCCAGCAAAGCAAGUUCCCACCUUCAUGGAAAAUCCUGCUACAGCUCUGAGGGAUCCAUUAUUCUACAGAGCAGUUAAGAAAUUGCUGGGGGUUUUCAACCGUUUUCAAGAUCGCCUGGGACGAUAUAAAAGAGAAGAGCUGGAGUUCCCCGGCGUCAGGGUGGAGAGCGUGCUGGUGAAGCCGCUGUCGACGCACCUGGAGCAGUUCGAGUUUGAGCUGGACAACGGGCUGCCGGAGGUCAACUCGUCGCGGCCUCGGCUGCUGGCGCGCCAGCGCCGCCUGACGGCGCGCCCCUUCCAGUACCAGCUGGCCGUCGCCAGCCAGCACGACGCCGACGUCGACGCCCUAUUGCGUGUCUACCUGGGGCCCCGCCGCCGCCCCGGCCAGCUCGACCACGACCGGCACCGUUUCGUCCUGUUCGACGCCUUCCGUGCGUCGUGCAAAUUGGCUUUGAAGAAAUGGUCACAAACCAGAGACUCGUGGAUGAAAUCUGUUAAGAAACGUCAUGAACAAAAAUCAUCGACGUUUCCCGCCAGGCCGUCGAGGCUUUAUUUGUACCACGAGCAGAUGUUGUUUUUGAACAAGGUUAUUGAGACAUCUGUCUCUCAAGACAGCUAUUUUCCGCAAGAAUCUACACCAACAAAUGUGACGAAUGAAGCAAGCAAAACUGCACAAUACGAAAAAAUUUAUGAAUAUAUUCCAAAACCUGAAAUCAUAAAUAAUUAUACUACACAAAGGAAAAGAAAGAGUGAUAUUAAGAUUGAGUCUGAUGUGGAAAUGACGUUUUCGGACAAUCAGCCAUGUAGAGAACACUGUGGCUGCCGGCAUAUGGCGUUCUUCAACAGUCUUCUGCCAUCCUUGUCCUUACUUGACGACAAUGAAACUUUGAAAUUUCAGUCUGAAGUUUUAAGCGUGUUACAAAACAUCAAGAGAAAAAGAAGUGAAUCUAGUUAAAAAUUUACCGUUGCAGUUUAUGCAACUUAGGAACUGCAAAGAG